CGCGGGAGAUCAUCUUCGGGUCGCCGCAGCUUCGGCCCCUUGGUCUCGGGCUCCAUCCCAGCGUGCUGCGUCCUUGCUGCAUCCGUCGCUGGUCGAUCUCCUCCGGUCAUCAUCGGAGCAGCACCUACGCCGCGAGCUCGCCUCCAAGGUUGUUGCGGGAGGAUAUGAGAAGAUGAACACGACGUGAUGCCGGUCAACUAUGGUCAGACCGGUUUAGGACCUCACGUGACAUAUUUUGAAAACAUUUAAGAUCUAGACGUGCAAUUUAAUAGAAUAGGGACCAAUGUAAAGGUGCGGGAAAACAAUUAGCACCGCUGAUGUGGUUAUCUCUACUUGGAGCCACAUAGCAUUAAGAUAAAGUGCGAGGACUAAAUCGAGGAAUGGCUGAAAGAAUAAGAUUCCCCAAUUUCUCUCCCGAGGGGUUCCUCCAGUGAGGAACCGACGCCGUGGUUCGCAUCGCGAGGAUGCAAGCUAUGGACGCGGGCGAACCCACCCCUCGUCGGCGGUGAAACCGGGCUGCCGGCAGGAGCAGCAAUGGCCGAUGGCCGCCAGGCGUCGCGCCGCCGGAGGUCGUCGCUGCGUCACGAGCUGCGGGGCGAGCGGUUGCAGGCUGCACUGGAGGAGUGCUUCCUCACGGCGUCGGUGGCAACUGGCCGUCGUUUCCGCCGUGCUGCGCGUCUCCGCGCGGGCAGCCGCACGGCUGAGUACGCGUGCCACACGGCUAGCAGGCUGAAGGGAGCGCCGCCGCGCCUCGCGUUGGAGGCUACAGACGCCUCGCCGGAAGGGGUUUCACGCCGUCGUCUCCGCUGCCAGGAGCGACGCCGGAGGUAGACUCGCGACGGGCUCGGGACUGGCCGAGCAUGAGGUGCAGGCUGCACGCUGAGGCAGGGAGCCCCCACGUCGUCGGUCAGGGUCGCCGCUCCUAACACCGUCCGUUGGACGCCGGAGGAGCAGCGACGGAUCCGUGAUCCCCCAGCGUGAUCCGCGCUGGGAGCCGCGGUUGCAAGCACGGGCACGCUGCUUCUGCCGUCCCCGGUCGUCAUGUAGGUGAUUCUGGUGGUGCUGGUGUCUCGUCGGUGCGGAUUGAAGCCAGGCGUGGGCGCGUGGCCGUAUCCGCCGCUGGCUGACAGCCAUUGACGGCUGUGCCGGGAGUGGUGCCGUGCCUGGGGGAGCAGUGAUGGGCUGAGAGCCAUAAUACGCUUCUAGGCCGACCCAGUCAACGCGCCAGGGCGGUGUGGCCAGUGGCGAGCGUUGUCCUGCAUCGCUGGGAUGCUGCGACUGAACUUCCCGUCGUGUGCAAGUGCGACGCAGUGGACUGGUUCAGCAAGGAACCAUCGUCCGAUGUAAUGAAAAGAAAAGAAGGGUAAGACGUCGUGAAUCAAAGAUCACAUUGGUGCUUACUAUUCCUGGUUGAGGCCUUCAAUCCUAGUGAUGGAAACGCCUUUACUCUUGCUUAUUUUCUGUUCUUGUUCAACCAAGUCUUCAAAGCAUUUCUUC